GCCAUGGAGACAUGAGCGACCCCGCGACCGAGUUUCACAACGUGGCGCCCAUCGCCCGGCGCUCGCUGCACGACGAGUUGGUGACGCGGCUGCGCGACCUGAUCGUCGAGGGCGACCUGCCGCCGGGCAGCCGCCUGCCGGAAAAGGAGCUCUGCGCCCAGUUCGGAGUGUCGCGCACGCCGCUGCGCGAAGCGCUGAAGGUGCUGGCCGCCGACGGGCUGAUCGAGAUCUCGCCCCAUCGCGGCGCCACGGUGGUGCAAAUCUGCCGCGCCGACAUCGAGGAGACCUUCCCGGUCAUGGGGGCGCUGGAAGCGCUGGCCGGGGAGCUGGCCUGCGCGCGGAUCGACGCCGCCGGCAUCGCCGAGAUCACCGCCCUGCACCACCAGAUGGUCGCCCACUAUCACCGCGGCGAGCUGGCCGACUACUUCCGCCUCAACCAGCAGAUCCACGAGCGCAUCCUUGAGGCCGCCGGCAACGCGAUCCUGGUGACCCAGCACCGCAGCCUCGCCGGGCGGGUCCGCCGCGCACGCUACAUGGCGAACAUGAGCGCGCAGCGCUGGCGCCAGGCGGUCGAGGAGCACGAGGAGAUCCUCGAUGCCCUGACCGCACGCGACGGCCCGCGCCUGGGCGAGAUCCUGCGCCGCCACCUGGCGCACAAGGCCGAGGUGGUGAUCGCCAACAUGGCGGUCGAGGAGAGCGGCGGGCCGGCCCGCGCAGCGCCCUCGCCCGCCGCCGGCUGCCGCAUGACCGAUCUCCGUCCCCGGGCCGCCGCCGGCGCGGCCGCGGGUGCCGCCGAGCGCAGUGCGCUACCGUCCAGCGUGGCGGCCCCCGUGCCCUGCGCGCCGCGGGCGCGGCCCUUCGUGCUGGCGGCGACCAUCCUGGCCUCGGCCAUGGCCUUCAUCGACUCCGCCGUGGUGGUGGUCGCGCUGCCCGCGGUGCAGGCCGAGUUCGGCGCGCCGAUGGCGCAGCUCCAGUGGACGCUGACCGGCUACACCCUGAUGAUGGGCGCGCUGGUACUGACCGGCGGCGCGCUGGGCGACCGCUACGGGCGCCGGUGGCUGUUCAGCCUCGGCGUCGGCCUCUUCGCACUGGCCUCGCUGGCCUGCGCGCUGGCGCCGAGCGCCGGUGCGCUGGUCGCCGCCCGCGUGCUGCAGGGAUUGGGCGGCGCGCUGCUGACCCCGGCCAGCCUGGCGAUCCUGAGCGCCGCCUUUCCGCGCGCCGAGCGCGGCCGCGCCUUCGGCACCUGGGCCGGGGCUGCGGCGAUCACCACCGCGGCCGGCCCGCUGCUCGGCGGCUGGAUGAUCGACCACCUCUCCUGGCGGGCGAUCUUCCUGAUCAACCUGCCGCUCUGCCUGGUGGUGCUGGGCCUGGCCUGGCGCUUCGUGCCCGAAAGUCGCGACCCGGCCUCGCCCCGGCGGCUCGACGCCUGGGGCGCCGGCCUGGCGGUGCUGGCCUUCGGGCUGCUGACCUACGGCCUGAUCGCGUUCGGAGAGCGCGGCCUCGCGCACUGGGACUCGGGCGGGCUGCUGCUAGCGGGGGUGGCCGGGCUGCUCGCCUUCCUGGCGGUCGAGGCCGGACGGCGCGGCGCCAUGAUGCCGCUGCACCUCUUCCGCCAGCGCGACUUCGCCGGGGUCAACGCGCUGACGCUGUUUCUCUACUUCGCGCUGGGCGGGGCGCUGUUCCUGCUGCCGUUCAACCUGAUCCAGGUCCAGGGCUACUCGGCGACGGCGGCGGGCGCGGCCUUCCUGCCCUUCGCGCUGCUGAUCGGCACGCUCUCGCGCUUCGCCGGCGGCCUGAUCGGCCGGUUCGGCGCGCGGCGCCUGCUCACCGCCGGGCCGCUGAUCGCCGGCACCGGCUACGCGCUGCUCGCCCUGCCGGGGGUCGGCGGCAGCUACUGGACCGGGUUCUUCCCGCCGAUGCUGCUGAUCGGCCUGGGCAUGGCGGCCUGCGUCGCGCCGCUCACCACCACGGUGAUGAACGCCGUCGAGGAUCGCUACGCCGGGCUCGCCUCGGGCAUCAGCAACGCGGCGGCGCGCAUCGCCAGCCUGCUGGCGGUGGCCGCCGUCGGCGCCCUGGCGCUGCGCGUCUUCGCGCCGACGCUGCAGGCGGAGCUGUCGGCGCUGGCGCUGCCGGCCGAGACGCAGGCCCGGAUUCUGGCGCGGGCCGGCGACCUGGCCGGCCUGGCGCUGCCGCCCGAGCUGUCCGCCGCGCAGACGGCCGAGGCCCGCGCGGCGGUGCAGACCGCCUUCCUCGCCGCCUUCCGCACGGCCGUGCUGGCGCUCGCCGGGGUGGCCGCCCUGGCGGCGCUGGUCGCCCACCUCACCCUCUCGCAGCCGCUGGAGGCCGUCGUCUUCGAUCUCGACGGCACGCUGGUCGACUCCGCCGCCGACCUGGCCGAGGCCCUCGACCGCCUGCUGGCCGAACGCGGCCUGCCGCCGGUCGGCCUCGCCGCGACCAAGCGCAUGGUCGGCGACGGGGCCCGCAGGCUGUUGGCGCGCGCCUUCGCGCGGGUCGGGGUCGAGGUCGCGCCGGCGGAGAUCGAGCCGGCGGUGACGCGCUUUCUGGAGAUCUACGAGGGCGAGCUGUCGGCCGCCACCCGGCUCUACCCCGGGGCGCGGCGCUGCCUGGAACGGCUGCGCGACAGGGGGCUGAAGCUCGGGCUGUGCACCAACAAGCCGGCCCUACCGACCCGCCACCUGCUGCAGCGCCUGGAGAUCGCGCCGCUCUUCGACGCGGUGAUCGGCGGCGGCGACACGCCGGAGCUGAAGCCCCAUCCGCAGCCCCUGCUGGCGGUGGUCGAGCGCCUGGGCGCGCGGCCGCAGACCGCGCUCUACGUGGGCGACUCGCGCACCGACCUGAAGACCGCGCGGGCGGCCGGCCUGCCCAUCGCCCUGCUGCCCUCGGGCUACGGCCUGGAGCCGGUCACCCUGGCCGAGAGCGACCUGCCGAGCGCCACCCUGGACGACCUGGCCGCCCUGCUGCAGACGACGAGCGUGCCGCACCGAGCGCUGCUUGCCCUGGCCCUGCUUGCCGCGAGCUGGACCGUGCCGCUCGCGCCGGCUGCGGGUGUGAGCGAGCCGGCGCGGCCCUGGCUGAUCGGCUACCACAAGGCCUUCUUCUGGAUGUCGCAGAUCGAACUGCGGAUCUUCUACGAGAUCGCCGACGCCUACACGCCCGACCUGGCGAGCGACCCGGACGACCUGCGUUUGGUGGCCGCCGCGCCCGCGCCCUUCGCCGGCCGCGACUGGCGGAUCGACUUCCUGAUGCGCCGGGGCCGGCUGGCCGCGAUCGGCCUGGAGCAUGCCGCGCGGGUCAACGCCGCGGCCGCCUGCCGCGCCCAACUGGAGGUCUGGCUGGACGCCCUGAUGCGCCUGCACGGCACGGUCGGCGCCCGCCCCGCCCCGGGGCGCGCAACCCUGCUGUUCCGCCGCGGCGCCCGCUGGGAGGUGGCCACCGCCUACGACAGCGGCCUCUGCCGCACCCGCAUGGACCUGGUGCGGGCCCCGCCCAGCGUCCCGACGCCGCGCCUGCGCUAG